GCGACGUGAAUCUGCAUAUUUGGUUGCACUGCUCUGGUUUGCGCGGUCUGCGCCUAUCCAACUUCUUCCUACUUGUUCCAGGUUGGAGUUGGCCGGAGUUGGACACCAAGCCCACCCAGUGAGCCAGUAUCCAACAAUUGUUUGUUGACAACAGCCGUGUUGAGUGUUAGUUGCUAGGCCAAUAUCUAUUACUUCUAGUGAGAAUGAUGUGAUGCAAUUGUAAUAUUUGUUGGAUAUUUUAAAGUAACGUGAUGAGUAUUUUUAGUGAUGCCUAAAAUAAUUUUGUUGGAUCGGCCAGGCAGUAUAGUGUAAACAAAAAUAAAACCGAACGUAAAGGAAAAAAAGAAGUAAAUCGAUUAUGGAUCUCAUGAAUCUGUUCGGAUCCUCUUUGGAGGAUAUAGGGGACAGUAUUGACCACACUGGUUUGUUCCAUCCCACAUCUUUGCCUCCAGAACCACAAGUGGGAAACAUAGAGUAUAAGCUUAAAAUAGUGAAUCCUUCAAGACAACGGUUCCAGCAUCUAGUGACACAGAUGAAAUGGCGCUUGCGGGAAGGUCAAGGGGAGGCAAUCUAUGAAAUUGGAGUAGAAGACAAUGGCAUGCUAGCUGGCUUAAGCAAUGCAGACAUGAAGGACAGUUUACACACUCUGGAGCAAAUGGCCAUUAAACUUGGAGCAUCCACAACCAUCCUAAGACAACGAGUGUUGGACAAUCACAAGAAUGUUUGUGAGGUUCUAGUCAGAAAGAUUCCCGAUGAUCAGAAUAACAUUGAGAUAAGAAUCGCCGUCUUGGGCAAUGCUGAUGCUGGGAAGUCUACGCUACUGGGUGUCUUAACGCAGGGCAGUCCUGACAAUGGACGCGGCAGAGCUCGUCUUAACAUGUUCAGACACAAGCACGAGAUCCAGAGCGGCCGGACGUCCUCUAUCUCACACGAGAUCCUUGGUUUUAAUUCUAAAGGAGAUGCAAUUAAUUAUGAUAAGUGUAUGACAGCUGAAGAGAUUUGUGAUGAGUCGACAAAGCUUGUUACUUUCUUAGAUUUGGCAGGGCACAGGAAGUACAUCCAUACUACGGUCCACGGUCUCUCUGGUUACUUGCCGCAUCAUGCCAUGCUUGUGGUCUCUGGCACCGCUGGAGUAGUUGGUAUGACACAGGAACAUCUCAGCUUGGCAAUAGCUUUGAACGUGCCGUUCUUUAUUGUCGUUACUAAGAUCGAUCUUACAUAUCCACAUAAAACGCUGGAAAGUUUGCAGACGUUGCUAAAGUUAGUUGGAAGUUGCAGAAGACCGCUUGUGGUUAAUAACAUUGAUGACGUCGUAACAGCUUGUUCGAAUCAAUUGAGUCAGAACAUUGUUCCCAUUUUCUGUGUAUCUAAUGUCACAGGAGAAGGACUGAAUUUACUGCUAAAGUUCAUGUAUGCACUACCGCCAGGGGUCAGUUCCAAAGAGAAAGAGCUUCUAGAGAAGGAGAAACCGGAAUUUCAAAUAGACGAAAAUUUUCAUGCAGGCGACAUACAAGUGAUGGGUGGGCUACUGGUGAAAGGUAUUAUAAGCGAGGGGAUGAAGAUGAAACUAGGUCCAAUGAAAAAUGGGAGCUUUGAAGACGUCGUUGUGAAGUCCAUACACAGAAAUCGCGUUCAUUGCAGAUCCGUAAGGGCUGGUCAGAGUGCAGCUAUUUCGCUGACACGUCAAGUAAAUCAUUUAAGGAAUGGCAUGGUAUUGCUGCAGCAGUGCGACGAGAACAUCACUGGCUGUUUGUUCUUUCAAGCCAACGUCUCUGUGCUAUUCCACGCAACUGCAAUUUAUCCAAGUUUUCAAACUACAGUACACAUUGGCAGUAUUCGCCAGACUGCUACAGUCAUCGGCAUCUUUGGAGCAGACUGCAUCCAAACAAAUGAUAGAGCCUCUAUAGUAUUCAAGUUCAAAAGCCAUCCUGAGCACGUAACUGUCGGUCAAAGGUUAUUCUUUCGCGAGGGAACCGCGAAGGGCAUCGGCGAAGUUACUCAGGUGUUCCCGCUACCAAUCACUCAAACAUAAUUAUAAGAUUCUUGUACUUCAUAUUUGUACCUGAACCUUGACGUAAUUUUAUUUUUGUUUAACUUUAGAAAAAAGAUGUUUUUAUUUUUAGAUUGUUAUUAUAUUAUAUUUAUAUGAACUAUUCUUCAUAGACGCUCUUCGUUUAAAAACUUUACAUAUGUCUUAAGACUGACGUCUUCUAGUAAAUUCGGUGUAUUUUACUAUCAAAUUAUACAAAAGAGUAAAUUUUAAAACAAUUAAAAAUUUAUAGUUUAUAAGUAAAAUUUUAUUAAUGGCUUUAAAUAACUGUGCUAUCUAAGCUACACUAUUUUUAAUUAACCAUUGUAUUAUUUUCUAUUUCACUAAGGAUCAAAUGGUCUCGAGUGAAAUAAAAACUAAGAAAAUAUUAAUUAAGUUAGCCUUAAAUGAUAGUAGCCAGUAAGAAAUGAUAUCUCUUCUAGUAAUGUAAUUAAAUAAAUAUCUCUUAUAUAAGUGUAA